GAGAACCUGGGAAAGAAAUAAAACUGCAUGACAUGACUCAGCAGAGAUUAGGCAAGACUGGUGCGAGGCCAGGCUCAUUUUGGCAAAGCCCGGCCUCGGUAGAAGGCAGCAGUACCGUUCCUUCUGGGCGAUGAUGAAGAUGCACUUGACUCGACUGCGUGGAGGGCGAAGCCCGUGUGUUUCGUGAAGCUGGUGGGCGGUGCGGAGCGGCACAGCCGGCGCCAGCGCAAGUCCCAAUGCGGUGCCUCCAACCCCGCGCGAAGCAGCGUCCCAGCCGGAGAGGGGCGGGCGCCUGCGCACUGGGCCCCAGGCGCCGCUGCGGGAGUCGCGAGACCCCCGCUCCCGCCCCUCGCCCUCCGGCGGGAACGCGCACGUGGGAAGGGACGCGGACGCGGACGCGGACGCGGACGCGGACGCGCACGCGAGGCCGCCUCACUCGGUCUGGCCGGCAGGGGCGGCUGUGGAGGGGGCGACGCGCGCGGGAGCCGCGGGUGGGCUGCGUGCGGAGCGGCGGCGCCGGCGUGUGCGCUCGGACCCAGGCGCGGAGGGCGGGCCGACUGACGUCCGCGCGGCCGCCCCCGCCCCCGCCCCCGCGCCCCGCGCCCCGCCCCCGCCUCCUCGGGUCUGAGGCUCCGGGCCCGGGGCUGCAGCGCUCCCCUCCCGCCCGCGCAGCGGCCCUUUCUCUGCGCAGCGGCUGAGCCGGCGGCGGCGGCGGCGGACCCCAGCGAGCGAGCGAGCGAGCGAGCGGCGCGGCGACGAGCGCGGAGCAGGCAACCUGGAGGAUGAAGUGCAAGCCGAACCAGACGCGCACGUACGACCCCGAGGGCUUCAAGAAGCGGGCGGCGUGCCUGUGCUUCCGCAGCGAGCGCGAGGACGAGGUGCUGCUGGUGAGCAGCAGCCGCUACCCGGACCGCUGGAUCGUGCCGGGCGGGGGCAUGGAGCCCGAGGAGGAGCCGAGCGGCGCGGCCGUGCGAGAGGUGUAUGAGGAGGCGGGCGUCAAGGGGACGCUGGGCCGGCUCCUGGGCGUCUUCGAGCAGAACCAGGACCCCAAGCACCGGACCUACGUGUACGUCCUGACCGUCACCGAGGUGCUGGAGGACUGGGAGGACUCGGUGAGCAUUGGCAGGAAGCGAGAGUGGUUCAAAAUCGAAGAUGCCAUCAAGGUCCUCCAGUGCCACAAGCCCGUGCAUGCCGAGUACCUGCAGAAACUAAAGCUGGGCGGUCCCCCCACCAACGGAAACUCCGUGCCCGGGAGCGACCGCUAGUAUAUGAACAGCAAGAUCUUCAGGAUUGCUUUCAAAGAAUCAUCAAUGUGAAGCAUCGAUCUAUGGCAUUGUCAAGCGCAGAUAACCAUUUCCAUGUUUCCAAGGAGACAGCCCAUCUGGGUUUCCUGCUACAUCUUGGGACAGCCCUCCCCUGGCUAUUCUACUGACUCCUCUUGCCUUGGUUAUUGUACUGUGUAUGUGGACAUGCUCUUAAUUCAGCACCAAUAGCCUUUUGUUGUGCUUUUAUGAUGUUUCUGCCUUCUCGAUUAGACUAUGAUAUCCUUGAGAGCAAGGACGUUUCAUUUACUCUUUGCAUAGUUUGCAUCUGAGACACUACUUGAAAUAUGGUUGACAACACUGAAGGUUCUUUGAUAUAAUUUAUAUUUUGUCAUCACUAUGUGGCAAAACAUUCCCCUUCCACUGUGGUGCUUAUAGAAGUGUAUAUGCUUGGCUAGGCACCAUGUGUGUGGCUUUUCUGUAUCAGGUAUUUUGGAAACUUCCAGGCAGUUGUAAGAUGUUGAAGGACAAGAAUUAUUACUCAUAUUUCUAUGUCAUAGCACACAGUGGCUAGCACAGUUUUAAGAUUACCCCAUCACUUAGGACAACAAUUUGUAGACUCAGUUCUUUGCCUAACAAUUUCAGUGUUUUUGUACUGUUGCUAAUUUGCUUAAAAGUUUAUUCAAAAAAUCACUUGCUCAAAAACUAACUAUAAAAGUAAAUGCAAUUAACAUAAGCUAAUAUUGUGAGCUUUUAUAAAAAUAAAUUUUACAAUGAUAUACAGGUACUAAAUUCGAUGUUUUUGCAAUGUCCUAACCACUUCUUUCAUGUAAUCGUAACAUCUCUUUGAAGAAAAGAGUUUUUCUCAUUUUAAAAUUUCCUUAUACGGUAUUAUUUGAUGCCAGAGCCAACAAAGACUGCAGUAUAGGCAGUUUCCAAGUUAGUUAGGCCUCUUAGUUUGUCUAGGUUUCUUUUGCAUCUCUUACUGAUUCGGUUUGCCAUCAUUUUUAUCCCAUUUGCUAGUACACACUGCUAGCCCUUCAUUCCACCUUUUUUUUUUUUUUUGCAUAUGAGAAUGCAGAGGACAGAGACAGCUAAAUUUUUAUCACUUGGAAAAGGCAUUAGGGGUGGUGGUGGUGGGAAACUUCUGUGAGUGGGGAACAGAAAAUAAAGGAUUUAGAAGGAGAGUACUUGGGUCAGCUGCUUCUAGAAAAGCAACUUUAAGAAAUUGACAAAAAUGUCUAGAGGGAAUUUUAUGGAGUUUUGCCAUGGGGUUUAUGAUGUCAGCACUCUUCCCCAGCUUCCUGCAAUGACCGCAGAGUGUUUUUUUGUUUUGUUUCUGUUUUUUUGCAUUAGAGAGCAUUUACACGGGAAAAAG